GUCAGAGUAGGAAGGAGUUGUGUAAUACUCCUGGCAGCAUGUUCUGGUCUGCAGCUGACACACACAUGCUAUAAGCAUGCUUUCCUGCAUUGACAUACAGGGAUGAUGGUCUGUGCUUCUCCCUGUCCUACACUGACACUGCCAAGACCCCUGCACUCCCCAGGAGGGACCUGAUCAUUGGCUGCACUCUAGGACAAGCUCAACACAGACAGGACAAGGUGCAGGGAACAAGAGGUCAAAGAAACAUGAAGGAACAGGAUGAACCGGUGCUUGCAUCCACCAACAUUACACCUCUACAGCAGAUCAUGGCCUCUUCAGCUGGAGCUUUGCUUACAUCUCUUUUAGUGACGCCUCUGGAUGUUGUCAAGAUUCGACUUCAGGCUCAAAGCAAACCCUUUACCAAAGGGAAGUGCUUUGUAUAUUGCAAUGGUCUUAUGGAUCAUCUCUGUGUAUGUCAGAAUGGAAACGGCAAAGCCUGGUAUAAAGCACCACCCGGCCGAAUCACAGGAACAGUGGAUGCAUUUGUCCAGAUUGCUAGAAAUGAAGGAGUGCGAUCCCUCUGGAGUGGACUUCCUCCAACACUAGUAAUGGCCAUACCGGCUACAGCCAUCUACUUCACCUGUUACGACCAACUGCGAGACUUGCUUAUUCCUCGCAUGAAUAAUGCUGAAACCGCGUGCCUCAUCGCUGGAGCCACUGCCAGAUUGGGCUCAGUAACUUUAAUAAGUCCAUUGGAACUGAUCAGGACCAAGAUGCAAUUCCGACCUCUGUCCUACAGAGAGCUGACGCAGUGCAUCCGGACGUCUGUGACCAAUGAGGGCUGGCUGUCUCUCUGGAAAGGAUGGGGCCCCACUGUGCUGAGAGAUGUCCCAUUCUCUGCAAUGUACUGGUACAACUAUGAGCUUGGCAAGAAGUGGCUGUGUCAGAGAUACAACAAGCUAGAGCCAACGUUUACUAUGAGUUUUACAGCCGGCGCCAUGUCUGGUUCGAUCGCUGCUCUUGUAACUUUACCGUUUGAUGUUGUGAAGACAAGAAGACAGGUAGAACUUGGGGAGCUAGAGUCAUUAAGAAAUUCUCCAAAAAGAUCCUCAUCAACCUGGAAGAUCAUGUAUAGGAUUAUAUCUGAGAAUGGAUUCCAGGGGCUGUUUGCUGGCCUUAUUCCUCGUCUGAUCAAAAUCGCUCCGGCGUGUGCCAUAAUGAUUAGCACUUAUGAAUUUGGGAAGGCUUUUUUCCGCAAGUUAAACAAUGAACGACAGCUGAAAGCGUUGUGAUGAAGUUUUGCAUUUUUUACGCUUUUCUCGGUCCACGCAUUAGGUGCAAAGCAUCUCUCCAGUGUACUUUUUUUUUUUUUUUCCCAAUAAGAAUAAAGGUAAUGAGAAGAGUACAUUAACCCAGAACAACCAAUCGGAAGUAAUCUUUCACUAAGUUGCCAACAGUGGAACUCCAGUUGCUAUGUGUUCCUGCAUUUUGUAUUAUCAUGUUUGCCCCCUUCAGUGUUUUAUUGCCUAACUCCAGUGGUGUUAAAAACAAUUUAAGUAGUAGAAGAGCCUUGCAGCAAUUGGAUUGGGGGAACUAUGGGCAUCUUAUUUCCAGUUUAAGUGCAUUUGAAUUUUUUGGGUGUUAAAUUUCUGUAAAGUGUCUCUAAAUAAAGCCAAACCUUUUGAAUAGA